UGCUUCAAUUCCGCCGCGUAGUACUAACCACAUUUUUCUCGCUUUGCCGUCUUCUCCGGCGAUUUACAGACACUAGUUUCUCUCCGGUUGUUACAAUCUGUCGGAGAUAUUGAAAAUCAGAAACCGGGAAUAUCAAAAUGACUUCGUUUCUUAGUUUCUCCGCCAUUUCAGCUCACCCACCUGCUUUUUCCGGCGCUUCAUAUCGUUCUCGCUCUUUAUCUCCCAGAAUUGCAUUGUUCAAGUCUUGUGUAAAGUGUACUUAUGCUGAAGGUGGAAUAAGCAACGAUUCGUGGUCAGCUCCAAUUGACGUUGUGGCAGAUGUCAAAUCCGAAAGGGUUGUAGUUCUUGGUGGCAAUGGUUUCGUUGGUUCAGCUAUCUGCAAAGCAGCAAUCUCCGAUGGAAUUGAGGUUAUUAGUGUUAGCAGGUCAGGUCGUCCUAACUUCCAAGAUUCAUGGUUGGAUCAGGUUACAUGGGUAACUGGUGAUGUAUUCUACUUGAACUGGGAUGAAGUACUUCUUGGUGCAACUGCUGUUGUUUCAACCAUUGGUGGCUUUGGAAACGAAGAACAGAUGAAAAGAAUCAACGGUGAAGCUAACGUUAUUGCUGUGAAUGCUGCUAAGGAUUUCGGGGUUCCUAAGUUCGUCUUGAUAACUGUUCACGAUUACAAUCUUCCCCCGUUUAUUCUCUCCAGCGGCUAUUUCACCGGAAAACGUAACGCGGAGGCAGAACUUCUUUCCAAAUAUCCCACCUCUGGAGUUGUGCUAAGACCUGGUUUCAUCUACGGUAAACGAAAAGUAAACGGAAUCGAAGUCCCGCUUGAUCUGGUCGGGGAGCCACUAGACAAGAUCUAUGAAUCUGCAGAGAGUUUCAUUAGACCAUUGAGGUCUCUCCCUGCGUCUGAUCUCCUCUUGGCUCCACCGGUUAACGUCAAUGACUUAGCACUUGCCGUGAUUAACGCGAUUAAAGAUGACGACUUCUUUGGCAUUUUCACUAUUGAACAGAUCAAAGAAGCAGCUGCAAAGUUGAGAGCAUGAAGCGUCUUUAGAUACUUAAAAUGAAUGUUAUUGGUCAGGUGGAGUUUAAAAAGACUAUUAAAUAAAUAGCUUCGUCUUUUCCUCUCCCUUAGUCAAAUUUGUAACUGUAAUGUAGUAUAUCAUUUGUAAACGUGUGUAUAUGGUUUACACUUUGGUUUUAGAUGAUGUUUCCAAA